AUGCGGUUUUCCCUUAUCUUCCUUACUCUCUUUGCUCUCCCCAUCUUUGGCGCUACUCUGCCGCGGAAAGACGCAGACGGCAUCCCUGGAUAUGGAGUCGAAGACCUCUCAUGGGAGAUAACGCUCCCCGAUGACUCCAAUGUCACUCUCUCGGGUACGAUUGAGCAGGUUGCCGAGCAACUCGACACGCUGAGCCCUACAUGGAGGGCCGGACUCGAUAACGCGAAUGCUGAAACCUUGGAGAAGCGAACAUACUUCGACCCCCAGGACGUACGUUGCGGCAACUUUCCCUACCUCAGGAACCCCUUCAGGAUUACGAAUGGUAUCAAGUACUUGCGAGGUCUUAGUGGAAGACCAGCCAACGGACCUGGUCCAGGAAACUGUGGCAGAGUCAGCUGCGCAAAUACGGGUGCUAUUUGGUGGUGUAAUGAUACCCCUGAGCGGAAGGAAUUGGCUUCUUUUGGAUCCAUCGCCGACGGUGCUCAAGUUAUCGUAGAUAGGUGCACAGUGAGAGGAAUAGACGUCGGCGUCCCACCUUCCCCUUCAGUCCAAGUAGCAGGUCAAGCCUUCCAUCCAACUGGAUGGAAUGUCAUCGUCCGCAAGGAUUCAUGCUGA